GGCCCAGCUGUGUCUUCUCAUAUUAUUCUUGUUGCUAUUCUCUGCUUUUACUCUUCUGUGUUCAAUCUAUGCGGCCUUCUAACUGUUAUUUUCUACUUGUGAACGAUAGCACCACAGCAUGCCCUUUGCGCAACUCGUCAUCGGGCCUCCGGGAGCGGGGAAGUCAACAUAUUGCAAUGGCAUGCAUCAGUUCAUGGGAGCCAUAGGCAGGAGAUGCUCAAUCGUGAAUCUGGACCCGGCUAACGAUAAUACCUCGUAUCCGUGUGCGCUGGACGUGCGCGAUUUGGUGACGCUGGAAGAGAUAAUGGCAGAAGAUACUUUGGGACCGAAUGGCGGGGUCUUGUAUGCGCUGGAAGAGCUUGAGAAUAAUUUUGAGUGGUUAGAGGAGGGAUUGAAGGAGUUAGGAGAUGACUAUGUUUUGUUUGAUUGUCCUGGUCAAGUCGAGCUAUUCACGCAUCACUCAUCCUUACGAAAUAUCUUUUUCCGAAUAUCGAAGCUAGGAUACCGAUUAAUAGUCAUCCACCUCGUCGACUCGUACAGCCUCACCCUCCCAUCCAUGUACAUCUCCGCCCUUCUCCUCUCCCUCCGCUCCAUGCUCCAAAUGGACCUCCCACACAUCAACGUCCUCACCAAAAUCGACAACUUAUCAAACUACUCCCCUCUCCCCUUCAACCUCGAUUUCUACACUGAAGUCCAAGACCUAAACUACCUUCUCCCGCACCUCGAAGCCGAAACCUCACGAUUAUCACAUUCCAAAUUCGGCGCUUUGAAUCAGGCGAUUAUCGACCUUGUGCAGGAAUUUGCCCUUGUGGCGUUUGAGACGUUGGCUGUUGAAGACAAAAAGAGUAUGAUGCAUUUGUUGCAGGUUAUUGAUCGCGCGAGUGGGUAUGCAUUUGGGCCAGCUGAAGGGGCGAAUGAUUCUAUAUGGCAGGUUGCGGUGAGAGAAGGGUGGGGGGAUUUGAAUAUCUCGGAUGUGCAGGAGAGAUGGUUGGAUGCGAAGGAGGAAUAUGAUGAGCAUGAAAGGAAAGAGUUGGAAGAGGAGGCUAAAGCAAAGCAAAGUCAUGGUCAGGAUGAUGAGCUUGAUUUUCAGGGGAUACCUGAUAGCGGCACCAAGGUUUACCGAAAGUCGAAGUCAUGA